ACUCCCAACACCGCAUCAACUGUCACUCACGCUUCAACGUCCUGCACCUCCAGACGUUGCGAAGAAGAGCCCUGUAUCUUGCGCUCGACCAGCACCGUCAUAUCAACACAAACCCCCUAGACCGUAACCAUGGGUGGUGAUCUUAAUCUGAAAAAGUCCUGGCAUCCGCAUUUGCGGAAGAAUCAGGAGCGCGUAUGGAAAGAGGAAAACUCAGCGCUAGAAGAGCGCAAACUGAUCGAAAAGCUACGGAAAGAGCGCGAGGAGGAACGCCAGAUUGAGGAGCUUCAGAAACUACAAGAAGCCGCAGGCGGCAAGACCGUGACAAAGCGGGUAGACUGGCUGUAUGCCGGCCCCAGCGGUGACGGUGCUGGAGUGACUGAGGAGCGUGAGGGCUAUCUUCUAGGAAAGCGCAGGAUAGACAACCUCCUGAAGUCGAACGAAACAGAAAGUCUACAGAAAGGUGCUGCGGUUGGGAUUGAUGCGCUUGCGAAUGCGAAUGCAAACACAGCACGCGACACGCACAAGAAGGUGCUCGAGGAUCCACUCCUGAUGAUCCAGAAGCAGAAGAUGGAGAUGCAACUCAAGGCUAUGAAGGACGCGCAAAAGCAGGCCAAGUAUGAGGAGAAACGUACAAAAGAGAAGGAGCGAGAAAAGAAGCACAAAGACAGAGAUGGUGACCGCAAUAGGGAGCGGGAACGGAAGCACCGUAGCCGACGCGAUCGCUCACACUCGAGAUCUGAUGAUCACGACGAUCGCGACAGGAGAGAGCAUAGGCACCGACGUCAUGACCGUGAUGAUGGCCAUCGAGAUGGUCAUCGUAGACGGUCAGGAUCGCGAUCACCAUAUCGAAAAGAACGGCGCGACGACCAUCGACGACGUUCACGCUCGCGCUCACCUCGUAGACGAGAGGAUCGCGAGGAUCGCACUGACUACCGCCGUCGCGACCGUACCCCACCAAGACGUUCAUACGACAAACCCCGUCGCACUAUAGAAGAAGAUCGUCCGCGACGUCCUCGUUCUCCUCCACCAGCAACGAAAGAGGAACCCAAGGAAAGUGCUGCAGAGCGUCUCGCCAAGAUGCAAGCAGAUGCUUCGUCUCUGGAAACACAGCGCGUCGAGCGUGUCCGUGAACAGGAAGCCAAGGAUGCGGAAGAGGAGGAGAAAUUCAAACAGAACAAGGAUGGAGGACGACGCUUCAUUUCUGGUGUGCGCGGCCAGGCCUCGAACAUGGAUCUUGGAGACACUAUUGCGAGAAAUCGACAGAACUUUCGAAUGGAAGUUGAUACUUGAGUAGGGGCUAGUUGAUGCAGUGCGAUAUCACCGCUCGAGCAGGGCGAGGGUUCUGGAUUGAAAUUGCUAUUAGAAUGUGAUACCCUGCGUAAUUGAAACAUCGUUAUUCG